ACGGCAGGGGCGAUGGUGAGCCUGGCUAUGGUCUGUGGUCAUGAUGAAAGAGAGUUUGUUCUGACCCAUGUGAUGUGAUGUAGCUACUGACAACAUGUUAACUGAGGGACAGCAAGAAAACCAACUUGAAAUGUAUGGACAUCAAUUAUCUUGGAGAGGUGCAGUUAGCACAUAAACUACGGUAAUACAUUAUGGUGCCGUGUGGAUGGCUGUCAGCUGGUACAUUGGGAGAUGAUGCGUCGCCACUGGUUGCUAGUGGGCGCAUGUGGCUGGGUGCUCCUGCUGCUCAUGGUUGCUAGCCGCUUUAUCAAUUUCAACCUGCAUGUACCUGAUGACUAUGGGGGGAAGGUGGAGGCACGGACUUGGACCGAGCUGUCGGCCAGAACAGCCAAACCUCAGAGAACAAUACCGCAACCUAACAGUAUGUCCGCCGUGGAUGUGUUCCCCACUAUCCCGUCCGACUGGCGCUCUGUGGAGGAGAGGCGUCUGGACCAGCUGGCCAGUGUCUGCAGGAACGCCUCCCUCAGAAAUCUCACGCACACUUCCAUCAACAAGUUCGUCCUGGACCGCAUCUUUGUGUGUGACAAGCAGAAGAUUCUCUUCUGCCAGACCCCCAAGGUUGGCAACACACAAUGGAAGAAGGUCCUCAUUGUUCUCAAUGGAAAGUACUCUAAGGUAGAGGACAUCCCUGAGGAUAUGGUCCACGACCAUGAGAAGAAUGGCUUACCCCGCCUCUCCUCCUUGAAGGAAAAUGAGAUUAGAGAAAGACUGGACACUUACUUCAAGUUCUUUAUUGUUCGAGACCCUUUUGAGCGCAUCAUCUCUGCCUUUAAGGACAAGUUUGUGAAGAACCCUCGCUUUGAGCCCUGGUACAAGCAUGACAUUGCACCUGCCAUCAUUCGCAAGUACCGCAAGAUCCAUCGAGACCCCGACGACUCCUCUAGCCACGAAGCCCCCGGACUGCGGUUUGAGGAUUUUGUGCGCUAUCUUGGUGACGUCUCUGGACAGAAGCGUCUGAACAGGCAGUUUGGGCCACACGUAAUUCACUGGGUGACGUAUGUGGAGCUCUGUGCCCCGUGUGACAUCUCCUACAGCAUGGUAGGCCACCACGAGACGCUGGACCGGGAUGCGCCCUACAUCCUCAAGGCUGCCGGGAUUGAGCACCUGGUGUCCUAUCCCACCAUCCCACCCGGCAUCACGCUCUACAACCGCACCAAAGUGGAGCGCUACUUCUCCGGGAUCGGCAAACGUGAUGUGCGGCGCCUCUAUGAGCGCUUCCAAGGGGACUUCAACCUCUUUGGCUAUCCGCGGCCCGACUUCCUGCUGGACUGAGAGAGGCUCCAGAGCGAGACCACACCUCCAGUCAGUUUCAUGUAGCAUCAGUCUUAGCAUGAGGGACAGAUGGCCUCUCCGAGCUGAUGGCUUUGGCUGUUCUUAGGUCAACCUGUAGAACCCUACUGGUACUAGACUUUCUGGCAGACAGACGUGAUGCCCGUUUGGUCCAGCAUGCGAUGAUGCUGGACGAUCUCGCGCGAGUUUGAUGAUGGAUGAUUGACGAGUGUUGUCGCUGUAUUGGCCAAGCAAUUGCUGCUACAUGCUGUAGGGCAGCAACAUUAUUUAACAAGACUACUGUAACCUAAAUAUUUAAUGUAGUUAUCUGCUCUGACCCUGUCUCUUCUUGGAGAAAUCUGCAACAAAUUGAACUAACCAUCACAAUAUCUCUCUUUUAUAGACUAUGGUAAACACUCACGCAGCACUCUUGAUAGAUGAAGUGCCAGCAGAGGAUGAAGAUUUGGAUAACAGUUGACCUCACCAACUAGAAAAUAAAAAUGACCUGUGUGAAACCAAGAUCGUGAUCAGGGUCUGAGUUACAAUUCAGGUGUGUUGUGGUGAUGAGUGUUGGGGUGUGUAUGGCAGACACUGAAGGGUUGGUGUGAGCAUCUUCUAUACAACUGAGAUAUUGUUCUGCACAAGUCAACUGUACUGUAGUGCCUCUGUUUCUGCUGACAAAGUGUCCUUGUAGACUCAAACUAAAUGGCUGAAACAACUCUGAAUGCUUCCUUUGGGCUACGGUGGAGUAAUGCUGGGUGGUGUCGUGGUGAAUUCAUAUCCUUUCCUUUGUCCAAAAGGACUGGAGCUGCAGUGUGUCAUGCUAGCUAUGUUAUGAGAGCUGAUACAACUGUUCACAAUGUGGUUGUAUUGACAAAUAUGUAUUAUACUAUAAGGUAAUAUAAUAUAAUAUCAGAAUUGGAAAAAGACAGUUGCAACAUUUGCUCUUCAGUCAUAAAAAAAGAGAUAUGUUUCAUUUAAAGAAGGCCACUUCACAGCUGCAGUGUGAAUCUUUCACAUUCCCAUCCCUUUUCUCAGCAAAGAAUCAUAUGAAUGAAGGUAUGAAAUGUGACGAACGACUAAUGAAGUUCUAAUCCAGAGCAGUGUGGACUGGGAUGCCUCCCAUAUGCCCUUGUAAUUACUGCACAACAUCAGACCUGAGCAGUCUCUUCAUAGCAGUGCGGUCAGAACAGUACCAAGAACACACCCAGCCUGCGCAUGACCUCACUCCAUCUGUGUGAUGCCAUUUCCUGUUCACCCACUCCCUUCAUGAUGCUCUAAAUAUGCUCAUGUCAGUCGCAGUAGGACCAGGGGCAUCGAAAGCUGUUACAUUGCACUGAAAUGACUAACUAAAUGACUCAACUAGAACCCC